AUAUCAAAGAGUGCGAGCAGAAAGAAAAAUAUGACUGCUAUGGCGACUGUGAGGAAUUGCCGGGGUCGUUUCGUUGCCGGUGCCCGGCAGGAACACAUGGCAACUAUACCCUACCUGGUGGCUGCGUCCACAAAGGUAACUUGCGUUUAAUCAUUGGUCUCUCGGUUGCAAGUGGACCAUGCAUUUUACUGUUGGUUCUUGGUGCACUCCUAAUAACCCGUGCUCUUAAGCAACGCAAGGCUGAUGCAUUGAGAUGGAAGUUCUUUAGUCAGAACCGUGGGCAACUAUUGAAGCAGUUGGUAUCUCACAGGGCAGAUAUCGGAGAGAGGAUGAUCAUUUCAUUAGAAGAGCUAGUGAAGGCUACCAACAAUUUUGAUCAAACUCGCAGGCUCGGUGAAGGAGGGCAUGGCACCGUCUACAAGGGGAUCUUGUCGGACCUGCAUGUUGUGGCCAUCAAGAAAUCAAAUAUUGUUGUCAAGAGAGAAAUCGACGAGUUCAUAAAUGAGGUUGCCAUACUCUCACAAAUCAACCAUAGAAAUAUUGUGAGGCUCCGUGGGUGUUGCCUCGAGACAGAAGUCCCUUUAUUGGCUUAUGAGUUCAUUUCCAAUGGAACACUCAGUGAUCAUCUUCACAGGCCAGAACCAGGAUCGCUUCCUUGGAAAGAUAGGUUGAGGAUCACAAGUGAAAUAAGCAAAGCUCUCGCUUACCUUCACUCUGCUGUUUCAGUCCCAGUAAUACAUAGAGAUAUCAAGCCUUCCAACAUACUUCUUGACGAUGCAUUGACAGCAAAAGUUUCAGACUUUGGAGCUUCAAGAUACAUUCAAGUGGAUCAAGCAGGAACAACAACUGCAGUGCAAGGAACUAUAGG